CGAGAAGUCGCGGGGAUGAACGGGGCGGAGUUACGUCGACUGAAAAUAAUCUGGGGCAGGAGGAGAAAAGCGAGGCACCCAAGAGGAAUACGGGUUAACAACAGAGAGGUUUGCGUUUAGUUCCUUAAAAGACCCACAUGAAAAACAAAAAUGAGACUAAGGUCUCAAAAAACAAUUACCGCUUGUCCGGAGACACCCAAGACGCGACGUCGACCGUCCAUCAAAGGGACGCCUAAACGAACGUUACUGUUAGAAUCAGUAACCGACAGCCCGCUCUCGGCCAAGAGCGAAGAAACCUUAGAUAGAAACUCAGACGAUGAGAUUCCCACGAUAAGGAGGCGGCCACUGCCUCGUGGCCGGGCUAGGAAGAGGGCCAGAGCCGUGGAUGACAAAGAGUCGGAUUUGACCUUCAAGACUCCUCUCAGGCCCAUAAUACGCCAUGACCGCAUACUAUCAGAGAUUGAUGUGGCGUCUCCUCAUAACUCAACAGCCAGAAACAUCUAUUCUCCCAUUGUGCGUUUCCUCACACCCAGCAAAGAGAAUCUGAAGUGUCCUGAAAAAGGGAACAGUGUAAUAAUGAGCCCAGAACAAGGUGUAUUUGGUUAUGGCUCCAUUGACCUUCUGGCUGGAGAUGAGGACGAUGAUGUCUUUGAUCCAUUUACAUUUAUCAAGAACAUCCCAUCCCAGUCUCAACAUUCCCGUCCCUGUCUCAGAGAUAUUCCCCCCAAGACCAGAAGCACCCCGGAGGCCACGCUGGUGGUUGACCUGGAAGAGACACUGAUGUUCAGCUCUCUGAAUUCAAUUGAAGAAGCAGAUUACAGCUUCAACAUAACUUUCCAGGAUCAUCAGUACAAGGCGUACAUGAUCCUACGACCACAUGUGAGGGAGUUUCUACAGGCCAUGGCAAAAAUAUACGAGCUGUUUGUUUACACGUGUGCAAAGAAAGAAUACGCAGAGAAGAUACUGGAGAUCCUGGAUCCUCAGAAAAAACUGUUUCGACACCGUUUGUACCAGGAUGAUUGUGCUUGUGUUCUUGGACACUAUAUAAAAGAUCUGGGGAUCCUUGGGAGAGACCUUACAAAGACAGUGGUUCUGGACAACGCACCACACACAUAUCCAUACCAUCUGAUGAACACAAUACCCAUCAAGAGCUGGUCUGGAGAGUUGGAGGACAAAGAACUUCAAAAGCUCAUCCCCUAUAUGGAGAAACUGGCUGCAGCUGAGGAUUUUCAGGAGGUGCUGAAGAAGAGGAAGGAUCACUUCCACAGGCUGCUUUCGGAGGACUGACAGGACUCUCCUCCCUCCCUCAAGCCUUGGACUACAUCACACUGCACAUGAGAAACUUGCCGAUCAGUCGUCGCUUUAACCUGCCUUUUACCAGGACUCAUUCCAAAAGCAAGAAAUUGCUAACUUGUGUAUAUUUUAAAAAAAACAAAACCUGAAAUCUUUUCAUAGUUUUAUUUAUUGAUUAUAUUGCUAAAAAGCUGUUUUCUGUAUGUUUUAGAAAUGCUUUCUUUGCAUCAAAUUUACCCUAACGUAGAAAAUAAAAUGUAUCAGUUACGUUUUGCUUUGCUUGAGUAACUUAUUCAAUAUCUGUCACUGUUAUGGUUACACAUGUUCCUUUACAUAUCAAGAAGCCAUUUUUAUUUAUUUUGUUAUUGAGAAAACAAUUAUUAACAUGGGAUCAAUAAUAAUCCAGGAUUUUGUUAGUUUUGGUCUUAAAACACUGUGUAUCUGCAUUGCCACACCAGUAACUCAACAUUUCAAGCUUCAAACUGGAAAAGCAGAUUUUGGGUCCAGAGAUGUUUCAGUAAUUUCAACCUGAACGUUCUCAGCGCCUCAUUUUAUGUGCCAGAAGUUCUCGUUA